AUGUCCAAGCAAGAACCCGCGGAUCAGGUCAAGUUCCUUGUGUCCUGCAUCGGACACACCAGCAACGGUCGACCUGACUUCCAGGCUGUUGCCGAUGAGCUCAGCAUCGUAUCCAAGGCCGCUGCCCAGAAGCGAUACGAGCGCAUGCUCAAGGCUCACGGCAUCAGCCGUCCUGGCGCCCUCGUCAACGGCAAUGGAACUGAUUCUGUCCCUUCAACUCCUAAGCGCAAGGCCAAGGCCGAGGGCGCCGGAAGUGUCAAGAAGCGAGCUACUCCUCGCAAGGCUAAGAAGGAGGAGUCUGACGACGAUGAAGACGUGAAACCAAAGACCCCUACUAGCAAGGGCAAGGUCAAGAAGGAAGAGGAAAAGGACUCGGCUGAUUCUGCUGGCUCGCUCUCUGAUGCGCCCCCUUCUGAUGGUGGUUCUUAAGGCUAAAUCCAACCAACGACCAAAAGCAUGGCGAGGGAAACAGCUGGAACAGUAACACCAUCAUGACUUUUGUCCUGCCGAUCUCGUGGACAGCUAGAUAUCUGAUUAGGAUGUGACGGCGUAUGCGCAGAGUUGGGGUAUCAGUAUCAUGGAUCAGGGAUCAAGGAUAGUCUCAAGAGAUGCAAG